UUCAAAUUUUGGAGUGCUCCGGCUCCCCCGUUCAUACACAGUUACACACAACACUGCUAGUGCUAAUCCAAUUUUUUUGUAACUGGAACUGCUAACCCUAAUAGAAAGCUUAACCUGUAAACCAACAUCAAAAUUGUGUUAUCAUUUUGAAUUUUCACAGCUUGUUGUUCGAAGAAGUUAGUGACGGAGUGGUAAAUUUCAGAAGCAGAUUGAGCUUUAUUUAGUUCAAUCAAUCAGUGACAUUAGGUCUUACUUAUUAAUAAAUGGCUCCGAUCAACUUAUGGAGGCUGACGGAUGAUUAUCUGCAUCUUUCAGGAAACUCCAUCUCUCAAAAUUCGUUUCACUCAAGGUUUACUUUUUUGGAGUACAACACUUACACGGACUUAAGCGUAAAAAAUGCUGCUUUGGCGGUUGCUCCUUCGGUUGUCAGCAUUAUCUUUUCUUCAGGGGAGGAGAAAUUCUUUUGGGCUUCAGGGGUUGUCAUAGAAUGUGAUAAUGUCAAUGGUGCAUUUGUCUGUGUUAUAUUGACGUCCGCAAGUCCGCUUAGACUUGAUGCCUAUAAAAACUGUCUUCCAGGAAAAUUCAAGGUUGAAGUCAUUUUACCUGGCGGUGAUUUAUGUUGCGGCGAUAUUAUUGCUUAUGAUCAACAUUUUAAUAUUUGUGCUAUUGAGAUUGAAUCGACUGCUCCAUUACCUACUGCUAAUCUAAGGUGUUUAGAUGAUUCUAUCACUUUUGAUGGUUCAAGUGGACAUUCUUCUCUUGAGAAGAAAACAUUUGAGCUUCGUCCACAUUCCAACUUAUUUAAAGUGUUUCCGGGUGAUACAUUGGUAGCUUUGGGCCGAUUUCAUGGUGAAUCUUUUGAGAUUAUGACUGCUCCUGGUAAAUUUAGCGUUGAAAGUUGCAGAUUAGAUUGUGAAGAACUCCUCAGAGUAAAUUGCAUAACUACUAAGUGCGGCAUUGGGGGACCAAUGAUUAACCUUUAUGGGGAAGUUGUGGGAAUUAAUUUUUACGCUCAGAACUGUACGCCUUUUCUACCGACAAAUGUGGUCUGCAAGUGGUGGGAGCAUCUUAAGAGAUGCAGGGAAUAUGAUCCACCUUUGCUAGGAAUACAAGUAAAAAGGCUUUUUGCAGCUGUGGUGGAUAAAGUUGAAAAGAUUGUACGGGAGUUUCCGGAUAUUUCAAAUGGCGUUAUUGUUGAGAAGGUUACACCGGGAUCGCCUGCUGCACUUGCCGGCAUAUGUCCGAAUGAUGUAAUAGUUGAACUUGGUGGAAAGGAUGUCCGGAGUUGCUUGGAGUUAUUUGAAAUGAUUUGGGACAAGGCUGGUAAAAGGGUAGACUUGGUUUUGCUGAGAGCAAGCAAUAGUGCUCGUUUGGGCUUAUCUAUGGUAGUUGGUGCCGUCCACGCAGAUCAAUUACAUAGCUGGCCACUUCCGGAAGAACGUGACUUAUGGUAGAUGAAUUUUAAUUAUUACUAUUAUUUAUAUUUAUAUGUCAAUGCUAUGUAUCUCCAAAUCUCGGGAGGGAUAAGUUCUAUCUUCGACAAAGGUUCAUGAUUGUUAUUAAAUUAUUAAUUAAUUGUAUCUCUCUGUUAUCAUUA